CAGCGGGCGCCGGGUGGUGACCCUCCCUGGGGAAGGAGCGGCGGCGUUGCCCCGGGUCAGCGUGGCGGAUGAGCCGGUGGCUGCGCCGAGUCGUGUGCGCUGUGUCCGGCGGCGUGGACAGCGCCGUCGCGGCGGUCCUGCUUCGGCGGAGAGGUUACCAAGUGACGGGUGUCUUUAUGAAAAACUGGGACUUGGUGGAUGAACAUGGCACUUGUACAAGUGAUCAGGACUGUAAAGAUGCACACCAGCUGUGUAAGAUGCUUGACAUCCCUUUCUAUCAGGUUUCAUUUGUGAAAGAGUAUUGGCAUGAAGUCUUCAGUAACUUAAUAAAGGAGUAUGAAAUGGGGAGGACACCAAACCCUGAUAUAAUGUGCAAUAAAAAUAUUAAAUUUAAAUAUCUGUUGCAUUUUGCCAUGGAAAUGCUGGGGGCAGAUGCGAUGGCAACUGGUCAUUAUGCCAGAACAUCACAAGAUGAUGAAGAAGUUUUCCAGCAAAAAAUCAGCGGAAAUACUGAAGAUAUUUAUCACAACCAUGAUAAAAAUACUGUAAGACUUUUGAAGGCUGCUGACCCACAGAAAGACCAAACUUUCUUUCUGAGCCAGGUAUCCCAACAAGCUCUACGACAUACCAUCUUCCCCCUUGGCGAAUUAAGGAAAAAUAUUGUAAAGGAAAUUGCCGCAGAGGCAGGAUUUCACCAUAUAUUGAAAAGAAAAGAAAGCAUGGGAAUCUGUUUCAUAGGAGAAAGAAAUUUUGAAAAUUUUAUUCUUGAGUAUAUAGAACCUCGUCCUGGAAAUUUUGUUUCUAUAGAAGAUGGAAAAAUAAUGGGAACUCAUAAAGGUUGGUUUCUGUUCACUUUGGGACAGCGUGCCAGGAUAGGUGGUCAAAGAGAUGCUUGGUUUGUCACAGAUAAAGAAAUUAAAACUGGUGAUGUGUUUGUGGCACCAGGUACUUACCACCCAGCUUUGUACAGGAGCUCACUUGAAAUUGAUCCUGUUCAUUGGAUUUCUCAAAGCCCACCUCCGGAACUGCUCAGGGAUGGAGUGAUGCAAUGCUAUUUUCGCUUCCAGCAUCAAAUGCCUCUUGUACAGUGUCAAUUAACCCUAAACCCAGAUCUUACAGUUUUGGUGACUCUUGCUAAACCAGUCAGAGCACCAACACCAGGACAAUUUGCUGUGCUCUACAAGGAUGAAGAAUGUCUUGGCAGUGGUAAAAUAAUGAAGCUUGGCCCUUCCAUGUACACACAAGAGGUAAGCCAGGGUGGAAUCGGCAGAUGUCAGAAGACUGGUAUUACCUGUUAAAGAGCCUGUGAUGUAACCUGUCACUCAGCUUGGUAAGAGGCUAUGAACCAGCAGAACCAGAACGAAUAAUCAUCCAUCUGUAAGGAGACUGGAAUCCAAACAUAUGAAGACCACAUCUCUCUUCCUUUCCUUAAACCCUGUAUUCAAACAUACCCUAAUAUUUACAGUGGAGCUUAACACUGGUUUUUGAGAUCCAGCCUUUUUUGAGUGUAAGGUUAAUUUUCAAAUUACAAAAUAGUUUCCCAUCAUGAUUUUUUCUAAUCAAUUUCAGAAUAAAAUUAUCCCAAAGUGAUCAGAAUGACAAGUUUUAAUAAAUAUUUGAUCGAUCAUAUUUUGUAAUUUGUUUAACAAUACCUGCAGUUAUUGAAACUGAAUUGUCAUUAAAGAAAAUGAUACUUUAAUACUAAAGUCAAUGGAUUUUAUGUAAUUUAAUAAAUAGGAAUAACCUUUUCAGAAGAAUAAAUUGUUUAAUGAACUGAAAAAAGUUAUUUAAUGAGUUUGGAGGUUAACGAGAGAUGAAAGAUCAAAGUACAUUUAUUAUCAAAAUAUGCAAUCUGGAGAUUCACCUUCCUGCAGACAGCCAUGAAACAACGAAACAUCAGAGCCUGUUCAAAGAAAAUCAUCAAAUACCCCAAAUAAAGAACAAAUUCCGCAAGCGGCAAAAAACAAGCGAAAAGCACUCAAGAAUAUUAAACAUCAAACCGCAGAGUCCUUGAAACAGUCUAGAACGGUUAGCAUCAGUUAUUGCAAUGGACUAUAAUAGUUUCUGGAAGGGCAUAACAGAUAAAGGAUUAUUAUUUUAUGUCGACUCUUCAUUGGUACAACUAAUAGUGAUCUACUAAUUUAUUUUGGCACACCCAGAAAAUGUGUUAAAAUAACAGCUUUCCAGAUGCAUCAGAUGCAAAAGUCAUAUCAUGGACACAGGACUGGUUCAGGAUUGGAGGCUCACUUUGAAAUUCUGUAGUGACACAAAAUGACCAGAAAGUGACCGGCAUUGCUCUUCUCUCCAGGAAGAAAAAUGGAUGUUCAAACUUAUAAGAUUUCUAAUACUCCUUAAUAUCUAGGCAGAAUGGCAGGCGGUGACUAGUGGGGUACCGCAAGGCUCAGUGCUGGGACCCCAGAUGUUUACAAUAUAUAUUAAUGACUUGGAUGAGGGAAUUAAAUGCAGCAUCUCCAAGUUUGCAGAUGACACAAAGCUGGGCGGCAGUGUUAGCUGUGAGGAGGAUGCUAAGAGGAUGCAGAGUGAC